GGUGCGCAGUGGGGGAGGGAGGGGGAUGUCUGCUUUCCACCGGACUCCCAGCCUUUACUGCUGAUCCACAAUUUGCUGAGGAGCAAAGAACAUCCUCGGCUCUAAGUAGGGCUUUUAGUGUGCUCAUUGAUGAGUGAAAGUCGCCACACAUGUCAAGCUAAAGGCAGUUGUUGGGUUACUAACAGGACCCAGCGCCUUGCAAACAUAUGCGCUAAGCUGUGUAUACAGAUGGCAGGCAGAAUAAUGGAGCAGGCGCCUUUUAUAAAGCUCUGGCUGCUCCCUGUCUUCAGACCUGGGAAAUGAAACUAUUCAGACUCAUGGCCAGAUAGCGCCUGCGAUUGUUUGUUACCGUUUUAAUCCUAUUAAUUAAAACGUUAACCUGAUUGGGUAGAAAGCGCUGUCCCAACAGGCGAGUCUUCUUCAUAAUAACCUACUCAGAGAUAAUGAUGUAAAAGACUCCCCCGUCUGUGGCGGCGGCUGGUUGAUGGGUCCGGAAAUCUCUUGAAGGUGAAUCCAAGCAAGAUAAACGGUGCAGAGAGGAGGCGCGGGGCUGGACUCAGAGCGGCGGCAGCUCCACUCCCUCCGCGACCAUCCUCCCAUCAUGAGGGGCCGCGGCCCAUGGUGAGCCCUAGCAGCCAGCACCGUCGGCUGGAGACGAAGAAAAAGAAGAAGAGGAGGCGGCGAGCGCGGGGGAAGGCGAAAAAGAAAAAGAAAGAAGGGGACAGGGCCGCGGGCAGCGCGGGGACCGACGCGCGCGGGAGCUCCGGAGCCCGACUGGCGUGCGUCUGUGCGGCCGCCUGACUCCCGGGGUGCGCGGCGGGCCGGGGCGAUGGAGCGCGGGUUGCACCUAGGCGCGGCGGCGGCAGCGAGCGAUGAAGACCUCUUCCUGCACAAGAGUCUGGGCGCCUCGACCGCCAAGCGCCUGGAGGCGGCUUUCCGCUCCACGCCCCCAGGCAUGGACCUGUCCUUGGCGCCGCCGACUCGAGAACGCCCGGCGUCCUCCUCGUCGCCCCUCGGCUGCUUCGAGCCAGCUGACCCCGAAGGGGCCGGGCUGCUGCUGCCGCCGCCUGGAGGAGGUAGUGGCGCGGGCGGAGGCGGCGGGGUGAGUGUCCCCGGGCUGCUAGUGGGCUCAGCGGGCGUCGGGGGCGACCCGAACCUAAGCAGCUUGCCGGCAGGGGCUGCCCUGUGCCUCAAGUACGGCGAGGGCGCGGGCCGCAGCUCGGUGGCGGAGAGCAGCGGCGGUGAGCAGAGCCCCGACGACGACAGCGACGGCCGCUGCGAGCUGGUGCUCCGAGCCGGGGGCGCCGACCCGCGGGCAUCCCCGGGAGCAGGGGGUGGCGGUGCCAAGGUGGUCGAGGGCUGUUCCAACGCCCACCUGCACGGAGGCUCCGGCCUACCCCCCGGGGGUUCUACGGGAGGCUGCGGCCCUGGAAACGGGGGCAGUGGUGGAGGUGGUGGUGGUGGUGGCGGCGGCGGCGGCAGCAGCAAGAAAUCCAAAGAGCAGAAGGCGCUGCGCCUCAACAUUAACGCCCGGGAGCGCCGGAGGAUGCACGACCUGAACGACGCUCUGGACGAGCUGCGCGCGGUCAUCCCUUAUGCGCACAGCCCCUCGGUGAGGAAGCUCUCCAAGAUUGCCACGCUGCUCCUCGCCAAGAACUACAUCCUCAUGCAGGCUCAGGCCCUGGAGGAGAUGCGGCGCCUAGUCGCCUACCUCAACCAAGGCCAGGCCAUCUCGGCCGCCUCUCUGCCCAGUUCGGCGGCCGCUGCAGCGGCGGCCGCUGCCCUGCACCCAGCGCUCGGCGCCUACGAACAGGCAGCCAGCUACCCAUUCAGCGCUGGCCUGCCGCCGGCCGCCUCCUGCCCUGAGAAGUGCGCUCUGUUCAACAGCGUCUCGUCCAGCCUCUGCAAACAGUGCACGGAGAAGCCUUAAACACUCCCUCCCUCCCACGAAAACCUCUAGACCUACCCCAAAGCUAAAGGAAAGCAGACGCUGCUCUCCUCAUCCCCUUUAUUUGGUCCUAUUCCUAGUUGCCAAACACUUGCAGGACAAACAAAGCAGUGGCUGGAACUGAGAAGUAUCAUGAGACAAACAGGACUUUCAGCCUAGGCAGGCCCGGAAUCUCGGGUUUUGGAGUGGGGAGGGAGGGAAGAGGGAGAUUGAGUUCGGAUAGAGUGUGGUUGCCUCCCCCCCCCCCUCCACCGCGACUCCCCCAGAAAAGUGGCAACUUUGGUGGCAGCCUAGACCUGGAGAAAGUAGUCUUCUUUGAAGGUGAAAAAGAAGCUAAAAUGUAGUGCUUGAUUAUUAGACGUGAAAAGUACCGAAUGGCAAAAAUACUAAUCCUACUAAUAGCUGGGGAUUUACCAAGUGCUGUUGGGGGUUGAGUCCGAGUCUGAGAGGCUUGGGGACAGAAUAUUCCUUCAGACAAAUCAGAAAGGGCACUC